AUGGUUUCUCCUAUUCUUUUGGGCGACAGUAUUCUUAAACGCCACUAUGCUCAAAAUAAUUCCUUGCUUGACCCGCUUAGUAAGACUUUUUGCGUAAGUGGGCAAACAGUCGCCGAGCUGUCCUCCCUGGUCCGCGAAAACUUCCAGUUGCUGAAGGACCGCAAGGUUACUGUCAUGAUAGGAACCAAUGUCGAUGUGCGGGGGCGAGUCUUGGCUGACUUAGAUAAGUGUGGAGGUGGUGGUGCUGGAUUGAGGUGGCUGCUUUCCCCAGAGCCUGAGCGGGAUGAUGUAGCGCCUCCUUCUGCUGAUGCUUCUAUUUUUCCUUUAGUUGAUCAUAUUUUAAAAAGCAGCGAUUACCAGUCAGCCGAAUCCAAAAGGGCUUACCUAGAGGAAGCUUUGCGGAUGGAUAGCCAGUUAAUUGAGUUUCUUGCAGAGGCUACAAUUUCACAGUCCUCAAACCCUUUAUGGGCAGCUGUCAGAAAAUGUAGACUGACUGCAACUAAAUUUGGGUCCAUUCUGAGGCCUCUGAAAAAUAACAGAAAAGUUCCACCAUCAACCUUAAAGGCAUUGCUGCAUCCUGCAUGUUUGGAUAAGGUUCUUUCUGCUAUCUGGGGCAGAGAUCAUGAGGGUACUGCAAUUGCAGCAUUCACUGAGAAGACUGGAAAGACUGUUUCACCUACUGGUAUGUAAAUAACUAAUGAUGGAAACUAAAAUUAUUUUUAUUUUCAGGAACGUACAACUAAUAUUAAUUUUGGUGCAGGUAUCAAAAUACUAUACAACCCCCCUCCCACUGACUCACUCACUCACUCACUCAUUGAUAUAAAUGUUUGGCAACAACCAUAACUGCUACAAAAACGUACCAUAACUUUUUGGAUCCGCGAUACCCCAUUUGACCCCAGAAAAACUCCCA